AUGUCUCCGAGAGAAGCAGCAAAUCGUCCCACGCGCCAUACCGUGGCCGGGCUUGAUGAAGAUCUACCCGCACCGUCACUCAGCAAAGAACCCUCGGCAGUGGUCAAGCGAAAGGGACAACGCACCCUUCGUGCAUGUGACUUCUGCCGACUGAAGAAGGCCAAGGUUGGUUCCCCUGCCGGCAACGUCCAGCUUUGGAAUCCAAACCCCCCGACGAGAGAAACUGAGCUGACUGCGUGA